CCUCCCAUCUACCAGUGAUGUACUUGGAUGAAGGAAUUGAGAGGAUGCUUGUCAAAUUUGCAGAUGACAUCAAACCGGGAGGGGUAGCUGAUGCAGCAGAAGAUACAAUCAAGAUUCAAUAUGACCUUAACAGAUUGGAGAACUGGAACAAACUAACAAUGAAUUUUAAUAGGGACAAAUGUCAGGUUCUACACUUAAGCAGGAAGAACCAGCUACGCGGAUAUAAGACUGGGGAGACCUGCAGUGGAACGGACUCCUUCAUUGGUAGUCUUUAAGCAGAGGUUGGAUAGCCAUCUGUCAUUGAUGUUUUAGUUGCGAUUCCUGCAUUCCAGGGGUUUGGACUAGAUGACCCUCAGAGUUUCUUCCAACUCUACAAUUCUAAGAUUAUUUAAUGCUAUGAACAAAUAGGGUCAGCUGAGAAACCAGCAACUUUGGGUGCCUCCUUGCCUUGAACUAUUUCCAUGUCUGCUGGCCUUUGUAACUAAGAAGUGCCUGAGUUUGUGUUUCUCCUCCUUCCUCCAAUUUCUUUUCCAUUUUGUGUCAUGUCCCAGAUUGCCCUCAACUGACAAUCUUAUUACUGAUUUCUGUAAGCCAAUCUUGCAGCCUUUUUACCUGACAAGGGGGGUGAAGACACCAUGACAGAGUGAACAACCUCCUGAACAAAGUCUCGCCACUAAAAAGGGGGGGGGUACAUUUCUACUCUAACUUCACCAGGCCUUGCAGUCCUCUGCUUCCUGCUUACCAUUUCCCCAUUGCUCAAAUACACAUGUGGCCUGACCACAAGGAACUGAAGACUUGAGUUUGCCUUGCAAAACAUUUGUCACUGCCAUUCCGAUUUGCCUUUUUGAGGUGGUUUCUGAGCCGCCAGUGGCCUUAGCUCUAGCUAUGUCCCAGCCUGUGACCUGCCAGCCAGUUGCCACAGUCUCACCUUUGACCCUGUCCUCAGACGGCAGCUGGAGCAGUGGGAGGUAUGACUGCUGUUCAGACUGCCCCAUGUGUUGUGUUGGGCUUCUCUGCCCGGCAAUCCUAGCCUGUUACGUGUCACGCAAAUACGGGGAGAACUGUUGCCUCGGACUGGUGCCUGGCGGCUUGACAGCACUGCGGACUCACAUGCGGCUCUCCUAUGGCAUUCCGGCGCUUCAGCAGGGUUUAUUGAAAAUAGUGAUCCCCGUCUCUGUUUUGACUGAAGGCAGAGGAAAACAUUUCUUUAUCUGCUAUCUCACUCUUCCUCCCUUAGGGGCCCACAACACACUAGGGCACUGUUUUUAGGGAUGCCAUGUCAAUGUGUCUUUGUGGCCUGUGUGAGUUGUGCCGCAUGGGCCGUGAAGUGCACACCCGCU